AGCAUGGCAACAUCAACAUCCUCCGACCGUCCAGGCACUUCUCUCCCCCUGUUAACCUUAAAGAGGCUUUUUUAACAUUUGCUUUGCUUUGCCUAGUCUCUGGAAAACAUCUGAAUCAUUUUAACUAACUCCAGCUGUCGCCUUGCUGUGGGUGUGUUAGAAGUCCACACGAGUGCAUGGUCGUAUCUGAAAGAGAGGAGUCUCGUGCGAGGGUGGCGUUUAGAUAAAAAAAUAAAUAAAAAAUAAAAAAAAAGGUUUGGAUAUUUUUGCGUCUGUUUUUCUCUCGUUAUGAACGCAGAUACGUGCGUCUCAUACUGCGAUAUGACAUCCAUGGAUUCAUAUUAUUCACCUUCACCGGGGUAUGGAAGAAUCCAGCAGGCCAAUCCUUACAGGACAUUCCAGCCGAGUGACUUGAAAUAUAGUCCCACUUUUUUGCCAGGCAAAGGUCAAGCUUUCGGGGACAAGCCGAGGAGCCCUUACCAACAGGAGUGCCCGUUGCUGGAUGAUAGCACACCCGAGAGCGCUUAUAAGUACCACCUUUUUAUGCAGAGACCCACAUGCAAAACUCCCCCCGAAGAGGGCAAACUCCACCAGGAUGGCGCACUUAUCUCCUGCUAUGGUAAAGAUGGCACUGGACUGACAGACAUAGAACUGCAUCAAUCUGCCGAUCCCACAGGUAUGGAUGGUAGUUACAUCAAUGAUAAAGACCCUGGGGUCAAAGGCCUACUAGAGCAUCCUGUCUCUGAGCUUGGCAGUCCUCUAAACAAGAGCGAACCCGAGAGCAACAAAGGCAAGAAGAGAAGGAAUCGUACCACCUUCACCAGUUACCAGCUGGAGGAGCUGGAGAAGGUUUUCCAGAAGACACACUACCCAGAUGUCUAUGCCCGUGAGCAACUGGCUCUCAGAACGGAUCUCACAGAAGCAAGAGUGCAGGUGUGGUUUCAGAAUCGUCGGGCAAAAUGGAGAAAAAGAGAACGCUUUGGUCAGAUGCAGCAAGUUCGGACACACUUCUCAACGGCCCACGAGUUGCCUCUUCUUACACGACCAGAAAAUUAUGCACAGAUUCAGAAUCCAUCAUGGCUAGGUGGCAGCAGUGCAGCCUCACCAGUGCCUGGUUGUGUUGUAUCCUGUGACACUGUAGCAUCAUGCAUGACCCCUCACCCUCACUCUGUUAGUGGCAUGUCUGAUUUUCUGGGUAUGCCCAGUCCAGGUGGGAACAUGGGACAAACACACUUGGGCAGCCUUUUUGGCAACCCUGGAGUGGGUGGAACUGUGAAUUGCUUUGACCUCAGUGUUGAACCAGAUCGCAAAUCCUCCAGCAUCGCCAGCCUGCGCAUGAAGGCAAAGGAGCACAGUGCUGCAAUCUCAUGGGCCACAUGAUUCCCUCAUCUGGGACACAGAAGACCAGACAACCUCAGCCCUGAGCUGUCAGCAUUAAUGAGGUGAAAGUUUAUGCCAUCUGGAGCCAAUAUGGACAAAAGAAAUAGAGGCUAGCAGCAUUACGAUACUCUGCUUGGAGAAGCCUUAAUUUGUACUUUUUUUUUGGAGGAAGUGGAUUGUGCAGUAGGACGGGUGCUUAAUGUGAGGAAACUGAUGGGACAGUUACAAAAUGGUGAUUAUUUUAUUAAUAAAAUUACUUCUGUUGGACCACCAUUGAAAAAUAUCAGUAUGCACUAUGUUUCGCUAUCUGUUACUAGACAUAAAUGUUCAAAGUAGACUUUAUAAGGUGUUAUGCAGUCACAUAUAUAAGUGCCAAUGCUCUAUACGUGAUUCCCAUAUUCAAAGUCUGAGCUCAAUCAGGCUGCUCUACUUAGACAAUAUAACUAAAUAAAACAUCUUAUUUGCAUGUAGCUACAUGAAAGUGCACUUAACACAAAUUUUCACAUUUCACAAAUUUGAUCUGAUUUUUGAAUGAAAUACCUGAGCAGGGCACACUGCUUUAGUGCAUGGUUUAAGUGAGUCGCGAGAAUGCGUCAUUCUACAUUCAUCAGUUCUUUUGCACUUGGCUUUAAAUAGCUUAUAAGUUGGCAUGAUGCUUUAGAAUGUUCCAGUACCCUGACAUCACAUUUUGUCAGCAGUGUGGGAGAAUCGGGUUCUUGUCCUGCAUUGAAACCAGGAAGUAAUUGCGUUUGCAUUAUCAAUGACAAUCACGAUUCUGAGGUUCCAUUUUCCAUCUAACAAUACAGUUUUACUCCACUGACGGUUAGGUUUAGGGUUAGUGUUUGGGGGUACAGUUAAUGAAAAAUCGAUUACUCUUAACUGUAUAUAUAAUUUACAGCUAAGUACAACUCGCUUUUGGUUCCCCUCUGUGGGCAUUUCACCAAGAAUAUGGAGCUCAAAUGGGCCCUUUUGUUCAAAAACAUUUCCCGCUUUGGCCACUGGGGGCACUGCUUCAAAUUUUACUAAGCAAAGAUCAAGUUUAGAUCAAGAAAAGUCAACCUACUGUUUCCGAAUUCACUGAACAUGUAUUGUGGCAGUUCCAAAGUAACAAAUGUACUCUGAAUGGUGCUAAAAGCUAGUUACAUUUUCUUCAGAACAGAAUAAGUUUUUAAAGGUUAAUGCUCUAUUGAGUUUUAAAUCUACAGAACCUACCUCUCUACCCUAAACCUAACCGAUAGUGCCAGAAAAAGCAAAUAAGAAAUGAAAAAUGCAAUUGCUGAAGCAACCACAUCAUUUUAUGGUGCUUCUAUGACGCUUUAGUCUCACGUGUCAACUUGCGUGCUCUUCAGGACUCGUACCCUAAUUCUUUGCAUCGCAAAUGCAAUAUUCUAUCAUUAAAGCUACUGUGCAAUGUAAUUGCCAUUGAACAAGCUUGUAAAUGUAAUUAGUUAUGUAGUGCAAAUGUUGAAAUGCCUUACAAGUCGUACACUAUAGUAAAAGUGUUUUGACGUCGUAAGAUAGCAUUGUGUGAGAAACAGGGCAAAAGAUAUGUGUUUAUGAAGUGAUCAUCUGCCCUUCUACUCAUGUUUUGUGUGAAAGACAAAAAAAAUAAAAAAUGCCUUUGUUGUAGAGCCUCUAGUGUUUUAGUAUUUUACCCAUUAUCUGUCGCAAUUCACACACCAAAAAAAGUUUUCACAAAAAUGUAGCCUUGGUAUAAUAACAUGUUUCUGUGAGACCAAGUAGGUCUGCUUGGUAUGCUGGUGUCCCCACCAGGCUUAACUAGCUUAACUAGCAAGCCUCUUUUGGUCAGUCAGCUUCAUCAGAAGACCAUGAUGGUCUACCAGCAUUUUAUUUAUUUUUGUGCUGGUGGCUAUGCUGGUCCACCAAGCCAACACCAAGACUCACCAGCAGAAGCCAACUUGGAAUAGCAUGAAUUACCAUCUAAGCUUCCAUCAAAAUUCCGUCUCCAUACAUCACUCCCUUUUUGGGACUUUUGCAAGGAUCAGCAUGGAACAAGAUAUAUCAAAAUCACACAAUCUAUAGAGAUGACACUCAUCCAUUCUACAUUAGCCAAUCAAGCACUAGGAUUGCUCAAAACCUUUUAAAACAGACCUUUUUCAUGUGAUAUCUACUGUAACAAUUUGGUCUUUUUUCUUCGUCCUUUUUGUCCUCAAGUUCCAGAAAUACUCCCUUUAAUCACAGCCACAUUCUCUAAACCAGAGGUAAUAGGACAUUGUUUCCAGAUAAAUGUAGGAAUGCUGUGUUUGUUUUGUGUUAGCAGGACAUAGUCCUAUCACUUGAGCUUGAACAUAAGAGUAACUUCAUAAAUUUUUUGGCUCAAGCCAGCAUGCUCUUGCACCAUAGGGGCUUUUCAGCAGCACCAGACCUAGUGUUUAGUGUCAGUCAUGGGCUGUGCAGAGUGGGUCAUCACACAAAGGCUCUGCUUCCUGUCAACACUGGCCUCUGGACUAUUCUGAAGAGAGCCUUUAGGCAUUAUAGUUCACUAGACUAGCCAAUAAUGUGCAGCAAGAGGAAACUUGGUUUAUUUUUUUUGUGCUUCUUAUCAGAUUAAAAAGAGGUACAUUGAAGUUGUUUUAAAUUUACAACUAAACCAAUCUUUCUGUCCCAUUUUAUGAGGCCAUUUAAACAUCCAAAUGAAAACCAUACAUGUUUUACAAGUCCUGUGGUUGAAUUAUUCAAAUGAUCCGUCAACUAUUGUAUCUAAAAAUAUUAAAGGCUCCUCCUCUUCUGUAAAUCAAUUAAAACAAAACAAACUUUACAGAUUUUCUAAUUGAGAUGAAUCAUCAUUCCACUUCUUUUCAUGUUAAAUGCUAAAGUGAUUGAGGUAUAGUCCGUGUAUUUUUUUCUACAGCAUGACACCAUUGCGUGCAGAUAAAAUGUAUAUUGUCAUCAGUUCUUUGUGUUUUUACAGCAUGCACUUUGGAUAAUCUGGUGAUUUGCUUGUUAUGUGUGUUUUAAUGAAUUAUAUAAUUUCCUGGUUUGCUUAUUAUUCCUGAUAACAUAACUAAGUUUGUUCUGUAAAAUUAUUAUUAAAUUUGCCCCUUGAAAAUAUUG